UCCGGGUCGCUUUCCCAGCUGUCAGCGCCGCUUCCAUUCUGCUCUCCCCUGCCCGCCCCGUUUCUUCUCUUCUUCCUCCUCCUCUUCCUCUUUUCCUCUUCCCCGCAGGCGUGUGCGGCCACCAUGGCGUCCAGCGAGGACGAAGGCGGCAACGGGGGUCCCUCCGAGGCGGGCGAGGAGAAAGAGACGGUCAAGAAGAGGAGACGGGGCUUCCUGGCCACCGCCUGGCUCACGUUCUACAACAUCGCCAUGACCGCCGGGUGGCUGGUACUAGCUGUUGCCAUGGUGCGAUUUUAUAUGGAGAAAGGAACACACAAGGGUUUAUACAAAAGUAUUCAGAAGACGCUGAAAUUUUUCCAGACAUUUGCAUUGCUGGAGAUAGUCCACUGUAUAAUUGGAAUUGUACCUACAUCUGUAAUCGUGACUGGGGUCCAAGUGAGUUCAAGAAUCUUUAUGGUGUGGCUCAUCACCCACAGUAUAAAACCAAUCCAGAAUGAGGACAGUGUGGUACUUUUUCUGGUGGCGUGGACUGUGACAGAGAUCACUCGAUAUUCCUUCUACACAUUCAAUCUUCUGAACCACUUGCCAUACUUCAUUAAAUGGGCCAGAUAUAAUUUUUUUAUCAUCUUGUAUCCUGUUGGAGUUGUUGGUGAACUUCUGACUAUUUAUGCAGCCUUACCCUACGUAAAGAAGACAGGAAUGUUUUCACUAAGACUUCCUAACAAGUACAAUGUUUCCUUUGACUAUUAUUACUUUCUUCUUAUAACUAUGGCCUCCUACAUACCAUUGUUCCCACAACUCUAUUUUCACAUGCUGCGGCAAAGGAGAAAGGUGCUUCAUGGAGAGGUGAUUGUGGAAAAAGAUGAUUAAACAUCCCUAUGAGGAAGGUGCUUUUUCAGAAUAAGGAUUUUACAAAAACUCUGAUCCUCAUCAUCAUCCAAGUUUAAUAACAAGAAUAAACGACAUCUUGAAAUACCCUGGAUUGUAUUGUUUCCUAAAUGUUAACUUGAGACUUCAUAUUUACCAUUUUUUUUACCUCAAAUUAUGCCAUGUUCUUCUAAAGGCAGUAAGUUCUAUGCAAAUAUCA